AUCUUCAAUAAUCAAACUUUUUUUAAUAUCUCUGCUACAAUAUCCUCUAUCAUAAAGAAAGUCUUAGACAGUCAUUCAGGUAUUCAGUGCUACUAUUGUAAUAAGAAAGACUAUAUUGUAAAAAACUACUCUAUAAUCACUAAACUUAUAAAAAAUAAUAUUUCUGAGUCUUCAGCAGAUUCAAAAAAGAGUAAAUAUGAAAGAAGACUUUAUUUCAAAUUAUUUAAUA